AUGAGCCUCAUUUGGAACAAAAGCACCCCGUCGUCUCCGAAACGCUCCCUUCCUUCAUCUCCCAACGGCAAAAACUUUCUUGGUAGAAACAAUUCUUUGAAGCAUCAUGUCGAUCAACUGAGGGUCGACCUGGUUUCCGAGAUCGACUCCGGCCAUGUCGUCGUGAUGCAUCCGGCAAAGUCAGCUGCCCUCAUCGUCGACAAGAAAGUAGCAGCAUGCAGGAGGAAGGAGCAGCUGCUGUGCCUGGAGAAGCUUGAGGAGUACAAUGAGAAGCUGAAUCGGCAGGAGCAGGAGCAGCUCGACUUCAUGAACCGUUUGGAGCAGCUCAAGAAGCUCUCGAUCGAGGGAUGCUCGCAAGGGAGUUCUCCAAGUACAGGAAGCAUAGCGGAAAUCUUCCAGCCGAGCAGCUGCGGCGCAGGCAGGGAAGAGACGGGCAAGUGGUUCGUUUAG